AUGACGUCCGAGGGACCGUAUUCCUUGGUGGCAUCGAAGGGUUCACUCAUGAACGAAGCGGCGUUUCCUCCACUUCCGUCGUCGUCGGCCCAUGUUCCCCCUCCACUGCAUCAGCCAUCAUCUCAACCCCACCAGCAACAGCAACAACAACCACCCCAACAACCCCAACCGCCUCAAAAGGGCCAAUUGGGCCAUAUCGUUCUCAGUAAUGUGCCAUUGGAUAUCUCGCCUCGAGAAGCCGCCGCAAUUUUUCUGUUGGUGUACGACGAUGUAGAGUCCGUCGAGGUGUCUGAAGACCACAAGGUGCACGCCUGGUUUAAAUCCGCCACCACCGCCGCUACAGCCGCACGCAUGCUCGAUGGCAGGGCUAUUUUUGGCGCAUCACUUGGUGCCAUUCGAGCCGAAUAUGAUGGGUCAAUGGCUGCUAGCACCGCGACCUCCGGUGUUGGUUUGUCGUCCAUGCUUGGCUCGUUGCGGUUAUCCAAUUCCGGCUUGCCGCCUCUCUCCAUCCAAACCAACCAACAACCCCAGCAGUUUGGUCCCGAGUCCAGCUCCGCGGCCCUGGCCGGUCCUCCUACCUCGGGCCACAGUUUCGAAGCAUUCCCCAAACGCCUGAGCGUGGGAAACCAACGGUCUCGGUUUCUUUUCAGCGAUCCGUUCACAUCGGGCGCCCCUGCAUCGGCAUCUGGCGGUUCUGGACCGUCCAUUGAUCUUUCUGAUAUUACCGGAAAGUCGCUUUUGCUCAUGGAGUCUCAAAGUGACGCUCGAGAAUACGAUAACCUUGUGCGCGAUCCCUGGCUGGCGUCCGUGGGUAACCUUCCUGCGGCCUCUGCGCCCCAGACUCCUGGAAUGUCUUCGUCUUUUGACUGGACCUCCAACCCAGCGUCGUCUGACCGUCGGAGAACCUCGUCGGCUUUCUUCAGUGGCUCAAACAAUAUCCACCCUAACCUUUCUAAUGGAGUCAUACCAAUGAUGCAAGGACUUCCUUCGCAGUUUAUGGAUAAUCAAAACUCUCAGGGCCAGUCCCCACAGAACCAAGGACCUGGUCAAAGUGUCAGCCAAUCAGCGGGCGCUGCUUCCCAACCUUCUAAAAGCCAAGGAAUGAACCCAUCCCAACCACAAACCUCCACCGGUGGCCAGUCAGCACCUUCGUCAUCUCAACAAAACCAAAGACAGCCUGCUGCCCCCACGCUAUCCACCACGGGAACGCCUACAUCUCAGCCUCAAUCUCAAUCUGGACAGUCUCUGCCUCCAGUGUCUGCUCAAGGUGCACAAACCAGUCUGGGACGCAAAGAUGUUCCUGACUUGUCGCUCCUCGCCCGUGUACCGCCUCCAGCAAAUCCCGCGGACCAAAACCCUCCAUGCAAUACUUUGUAUGUUGGAAACCUUCCUCCAGACGCUACCGAAGCCGAACUUCGGGCACUUUUCCUGCCCCAAAAAGGGUUCCGGCGUCUUUCAUUCCGCACCAAAAACCAGUCUUCUGCUGGCCCCAGCAGUGCUACUAGUCAUAAUCAUGGGCCCAUGUGCUUCGUUGAGUUUGAAGACGUCGCCCAUGCAACCCGUGCUUUGGCGGAGUUGUAUGGACGUGCACUUCCCCGUCCCAACGGAAGCAAUGGCAAAGGAGGAAUUCGGUUAUCAUUUUCGAAAAAUCCAUUGGGAGUUCGUGGACCAGGAAACCCCCGUCGAAGUUCGGCUAAUCAGGUACCAGGAACAGGUACAUCUACCACCAAUGCCAAUGGCGUGAGCUAUGGGUUCCAGUACCAGAAAUAA